UCUAACCUCCGAUAGUUCGAGCGCUGCAAGUGCUGCAAGUCAAGCGCUCUUGCGGCAGCACCUGGCAAUCCGAGAUUUCAAAUUCAACGUUCAACAACACGAGCGUCUGCUCCAGAUAAACAACAAACAUCAAUCAUGAUGUUGAAUUAACAAAUACAUUGAAUUCAAUGUAACAAAGAAAUAAACAAGAUCUUCGGCAGCAGAAACCAUGUCAGGUAGGAACCAGCGAAACGAAGACAUCUCCGACGAUGACGUAGACCCCGCUGAGCGCCUGGACUGCGACUCAGACGAAGAGGGUGGUCUGCGUCUCGACGAGGACAUCUACAUUCCCCCGCCCCCAAAACAACUGCACGAGGUAAACUCCAAUGGUGGUCGUCUUGUGAUCACAAAAAUCGUCAACAUAAACUUCAAGAGUUACGCCGGUGAAACCGUGAUAGGUCCCUUCCACGAGUGUUUCUCCGCGAUAGUAGGUCCCAACGGUAGUGGUAAAAGCAAUGUCAUCGACUCCAUGCUCUUCGUUUUCGGUUACCGGGCCAGUAAAAUCCGAUCGAAAAAAAUCUCUGUCUUGAUUCACAAUUCCAACGAACAUCCUCAUAUUAGUAGUUGCACAGUUGCCGUUCACUUUCAAAAGAUAAUCGACAAAGAAAAUGGCUUCGAAGUCGUUCCCAAAUCGGAAUUCGUCAUCUCGAGAAUUGCCUUCAAGGAUAGUUCCUCGUUAUAUGAACUGUCUGGACGAAAGGUUCAGUUCAAAGAAAUAGCUAAGCUCUUGAGAAGUGAAGGAGUUGACCUGGACCACAAUCGUUUCCUGAUCCUCCAAGGAGAGGUCGAGCAAAUUUCUCUGAUGAAACCGAAAGCCCAGAACGAGCACGAUUGCGGAAUGCUGGAGUUCCUGGAGGACAUUAUCGGCACGUCUCGGUACAAAGUUCCCCUGGAGAAACUGGUUGAUAAACUUGAGAUGUUGUCGGAACGCGUUGCUGAGAAGACAAAUCGACUGAAGCUAGUGGAGAGAGAGCGAGAUGAGAUGAAGGAACCUAUGGAGGAGGCUGUAGACUUCCUGAAAAUCGAAAACACUAUCACCAAGUUGCAGCACAAGUUCUACCACUGCAGGAAAUCAGAGCUAACAAACGACAUCAAUCAGAAAUCUGAAACCCAAACCGAACUCCAAGAGGACCUGAAGAACCUGAAACAGAAAUUGCAAUCGAUCCACAAAGAGAAAGACCUGAAAACCCAGGAAAUCAGGGAGAAGAACAAGAAAUGGGACGCCAUAGAGUCGAAGAAAACAUUGGCGACAGCAGCUUUCGACGAAAUUCGAAAAAGAGACGAAGCUCUUCACGCGGAGCUAGUCGAAACCAAUAAGCGACGCAAGACAAACAUGGCGUUACUAAAAACCGAGAGAGAAAAACUGGAAGCUCUGAAGAAAGUCCCCGAGAAGAGCGCGAAAGACAUCGAGGAAUGCGAGCGUCUGAUCCAGCGUCACAUGUCCACCUUAGAGAAAGAAGAAGCCACCCUCAAGAAAAUCAUGGCUUCGCUCAAAGAGAAGACAGAACCGCUCUUGAACCAGCGCUCAAUUCUCGAAACGAAGUUGAUCUCCCACAGAAAAAAAGUGAACGAAGCGAAAGCUAAAGUCAAUCUGGCUGAGUCAGAGCUCCAGAUCUAUACGUCUGUCGAGCAGACCGAGAAGGAGAAGCUUCAGAAACUCCAGGAGACCCUGCAAACUACUGCGGAGACCCUGAAGGACAGAAAAGAGAAGCUAUCGAUCUUCGAAACGAAAAUUCCUUCGACUCAGAAGAACCUUGAGAAAACUAAACAAGAAUUGGAACAAGUCCGAGUCCAGGAAGACCAAAUAAACCGACGUAUGCGCACCCUGAGACUCCAGCUAGAGGAGAAGAGAUCAGCCAUGAACGCCAGCAGAUCUCGGAAUCGAGUGAUCGACGCCCUGAUGCGGCAAAAACGAGAGGGGAAGAUCCCAGGAAUCUUGGGAAGACUUGGCGAUCUGGGAGCGAUUGACGCGAAAUUCGACGUGGCGAUGUCCACGGCUUGCGGACCCCUUGACAACGUAGUGGUGGACACAGUGGACACAGCUCAGGCCUGCAUCAAGUUCCUGAAGGACAAUGACAUCGGUCGAAUGACGUUCAUUCCCCUUGAGAAGCAACAGAAGUUCGCCGAUGACUGUAACCAGAAGAUCAGAACCCCUGAGAAUGUUCUGAGAUUAUUCGACUUAAUUCAGGUGGAGGACAGGAGAGUUCUCCCCGCGUUUUACUACGCAAUCCGAGAUACUCUAGUCGCUGAUGAUCUGAAUCAAGCCUCGAGGAUCGCUUACGGAGCGAAAAGAUUCAGAGUUGUCACGCUCAAAGGGGAGUUGAUCGAGACCUCUGGGACGAUGAGUGGAGGAGGGAAAACGGUCUCCAGGGGGAGGAUGGGACAGAGUGUGGUGAGGGCUGAGCCCUCAUCCGGGGAAAUUCAAAAAUUCCAAGAGGAGUUGAAUCAUCUGACAGAAGAGAGCGCUCACCUCCGGCUGAGCAUCCCAAAUCUAGAAGAACUGAUCUACAAACUGACGACAGAACUACAGGAGAUGACCUUCAACAAGGAUAAAUACGAGAUUGACUUCAAGACUCUGAAGGAGCAAGCGCCCUUGUUGAAAAUCCAACUAAAGUCUCAGGAGAAGAAAGCUAAGGAUGCGGUUUCCGAUCCUGCGAAGGUCAAGGCCUUGACCAAAACUCUGAAUUCCAUGAAAGAAGAUUUGAAGACCGUCCAGGAGAUGUCACAAUCCACAGAGGAUGAAGUGACUCGAAUUAAUCAAGUCAUAGAAGACUUGUCAGGUGGACAAAUCAAGGAGCAACAGAAGAAGAUUCAAGUGGCUUCGAAGUCCAUUGACAAGGCAAAGUCAGAAGUCUGUAGGCUUCAGGUCUCCAUAAAAACCUCCGAAAGGAACACAAAGAAAUGUGAACAAAGGAUCGAGACAUUGGAGAACGAUGUCAAGUCCUGUGAGCAACGAAUCAAAGACAUUCAAACGGAGAAGCAACAGUUUGAGGCUGACGCUAAAGUCCUUCUCGAGAAGAUCGAGAAGUACAGGGAGGCUUUGAAAGAAGGUGACGAGGCUUCAAGUGGACUUAAAGAGGACCUGGAUAACCUUCAAAAGAAGGAGACCAAACUCAAGUCUUUGAGGAUAGACCUUGAGCAGAAGCUCUCAGACCUCACGAAAACCAUAGCUGACCUUUCUCAUAAACUAAACGACUACCGCCGAAGGAUCAAGUCCUUGAAGUUGAAUAAACUACCGACACAGGAGCAAGAACAACUGACGGAUCCGACGGACGAAGAGCUGUCUCGUCUGGACACUAGGACAGUAGCUACGAACCUCGCAGCCGCGAAAGAAAGGCUUCCCGACUCCAUCCCCAACAUGCAGAUUAUCCAGGACUUCCUGGAGAAGGAUGCCAUCUUCAUUCAGAGAUCGAAAGACGUCGAGGAAGUGACGAAAAUGCGGAAUACGAUGAGGGCUGGGUACGAUCUCGGCAAGAAGAGGAGGACUGAAGAGUUCUUCGCCGGAUUCAUCGUAAUCACGAAUAAAUUGAAGGAAAUGUAUCAGAUGAUUACGCUUGGUGGCGCUGCGGAGCUCGAGCUGGUGGACUCUCUGGAUCCUUUCAGUGAAGGCAUUGUCUUCAGUGUGCGACCGCCGAAGAAGUCGUGGAAGAAUAUCAGUAAUUUGAGUGGAGGGGAGAAGACCCUGAGCUCUUUGGCGCUUGUUUUCGCUCUGCAUCAUUACAAACCGACGCCGUUGUACUUCAUGGAUGAAAUCGAUGCUGCUCUCGACUUCAAGAAUGUCUCCAUCGUAGGGACUUAUAUCAAGGAGAGGACCAAGAAUGCACAGUUUAUUGUGAUCAGCUUAAGAUCGGAGAUGUUCGAGCUUUCGGAUAGUCUUGUGGGGAUUUAUAAGACAUUCAAUUCCACCAAGUGCGUGGCGGUUAAUAUUCGGGCGCUUUCGGUCAAUCAUCCGGGGAUCAUUCAGGAGAGGCUGAAUGAGAUAUCGCAGAGCAGGAGGGCGUACACGCAGCUUGCCAAUAGGACUGCCGGGCUUUCUCAGGUCUUUCCGGCGAGCUGUCCUUCCAGGGUUGGAGGGGAGGUUGAUACGAGCUUCAGAGAUGUAUCAUUACCAUCCCCAUCUCGACCCGCAUCGAGACAAUCAUUACGACGUCGAGGUGCCUCCACAUCGUCGGAGGCAGAAUCAUCAAAGCCUGAGAGUGAGCGCUCACAGCCGACUAAAAGAAGAAAGCGCCGAUUAUAAGGAUGAUUUUUUAUCGUUUAGUAUUUGGAAUUUUAAGAAUUAUGCUAUCGACAUAUUUUAUUAUUCAUAAUGAUGAAAUUGAGAGAUUAUAUUUUCCAAGGAUCGGUGCGAAUGAUCGACUAUUUUUUCUAUUGCAAUGACCAUUCAUCAUGUACAAUUAUUACAUGUAUGUUGAAAGAAUAACAUUGGAAUUAACUUUCUUUAAUUAUCAUACGAAGAAAUAAGUUUGAGACAAUAAACGUAGAAUUACGUUGACCUUCAUGUAAAUUUUAAUUAUCAUCAUUGAAAAAUUGACAAUUGCUCAUAAUUGUUUUUG